AUGAAAUCAUCAAAAUUCAUAAUAAUUUUCGCACUUUUUUUAUUGAUAUGUUUAACAUUAUUAAAUGAAAAUUCAAGUGCACUUGCUGCACCACAAGAUGAUGCUAAAACUCCAAAGGAACCAACUAAAGAUGAACCAGUUAAAGAACCAGUUAAAGAUGAACCUGUAAAAGAACCAGUUGAACCAAAAGAACCUGUUAAGGAACCUGUUAAUGAAGCUCCUGUCAAAGAUGAACCUGCAAAAGAACCUGCGAAAGAUCCCGCGAAAGAUCCCGCGAAAGACCCUGCAAAAGAACCUGCUAAAGAACCUGCUAAAGAACCUGCUAAAGAACCCGCGAAAGAUCCUCCAAAAGAACCCGCGAAUAAUCCUCCAAAAGAUCCAGAGCAAAAGCCUCCUGAAGAACCACCAGCAGAACAACCUAAGGAACAACCUAAAGAACAAGCACCUGCUGAACCACCUAAGGAACAGCCAAAAGGACCUCCAGUCCAACAACCUCAAACAACUCCUGCGGUCACAAUAACAACAUACUCUUAUGUUUCUGAUCCAACCCCCGCACCUAAAAAUCCAAUUAAAUCCCCGAAAUCUCCUUUACCAAAACAAGCUGGGCCAAAAACAAAUAAUGAUGAUGGAUCCGCGACAACAACUAUUGUAGUUGUAGCAUCUAUUGUAGGUGGAAUGGUGGUUUUAGGUGGUGCUGGCAUGGCAAUAUUUAGAUAUCAAAAAUCAAAGUCUUCUAAUUGGGAUGAAGAGGGUGAAGUCGUUUUGAGGGAUGACAGAGGUGGUUUUGCUGGUGGUGAUCCAUUUAAGAGUACAUUAGAUCAAUAUCAUAGAUGA